CUGGAGACAUGGAUUUAACCACUGGAGUCGUAUGGAUUUGGCUCGUAUCUUUGUAACGCUUUGACGAAUCAAUUCUUUUGAUUACUUUUUGUCAAAAGGGUCCAUAGUAGACAAACAUCAAUUUGUGCAAAUUGGACAUACGGCCUAGGAGGAGUUCGAAAAAGUAGUUUUUUUUUUAUUAUGCAAAUUAGCGCAAAAAUUCAACAAAAAGGCCAAAUGUUACGAAACUUGAUACACCUAGACAACAGGACAUUCUGAGGAUGCACGCAAAGUCGCGAAAAACUUUGCCUAUAGGGGGCGCUAAAACUAAAAAAAACGCUCAACUCUGCAACCGUAUGAUCAAUGAAGUUGAAAAUUGGUAUGCAUCUUGUAGGGGCCAAAGGCUAACAUGACCUACAAUAUCAGUCGGACAAAUAAAAAAAAAAAAAAAAAAAUCGCGGCUAGCCUUCCCUCUCCUUUGACCUUUUUGUUUUUGUGGCUGCUGAACUGUGGUUUUGUAUAUGUGAUGUGCAGUACCAGCCUUGUGACUUGUAUUUUGAGACUGCUGAAACUGUUUAAAUGCAGUGACUGAAUGUUUUUAAUUUUUGUAUGCUUCAAUAAAGUGAUCCUCUCUGCAUACUCUCUUGCCCACGUCUCUGUGCUCACCCUACCUUUGGCUAACGAACCUGUGUGCCCCACUGUUAUUUCCCGGUGUACUCCGGGUGGCAUAGUCGACUAUAGAGUGUCAGUCAUAGGGUUCUCAUUCGUUCCCUUUAUUUCUUUUCCUUUGUUUUCUUCCUUGUACCUGACCGCCCCGCCACACUUUGGCGCAGGGAGCAGGAUUGCCAUAUUCUGGGUGAGUUUGUUUUUGUAAGGUUGUUUCUUUUGAGACCCCACUGUGUUUUGGGAAGAGACGUGGAGAGUAUUGAGAGGGUACUUUGUUUUAUUAUACGUUUGGUGUUGUAAUUGCUUUUCUUUUUAAAGGCAAGGCAGCAGCAUAUGUCAGUUGUAAGUCUUUCUCUUUUGGUGUUUCCCUCUACAAGUGGUAAGUACAAACAGGGGCACUAGCUAUGGAGGGGAGUUGCAAGAGUUAAGAUUUAGUAGCACAGUUAAAGGCUGACAAUGAGACAUUGCGUCAAGAACGUGUAUCAGCAUUGUCUGUGUUAAAUGAUGCCCCUUCCAGUGUUGCAGAGGCUCCUGUUACUGUGCCCACGGGUACUGGUGCCACCCACCCUGACAGGUUUGUACCUCGUGAUCGGCGACAUCCAUACAGGGCUGUUAUUUCCUGGUGUACUCCGGGUGGUGUAGUUGUCUACAGAGUGUCAUUCAUAGGGUUCUCAUUUGUUCCCUUAUUUUCCUUUGGUCCCUUUUGUUUUGUUCCUUGUAGUUGCCCUGUACCUGAUCGCCCUGCCACACAACAUUAAAGUGUCUGUAUACGUAAGUCAGACAUAUGAGGUAUCCUAAGAAAGCUUAGAAUCUGAACUUUUCAGAGAUAACCAUCACUUCUGCAUUUGUGUUUCUUAAAAUAAAAGGCCUCAAAACAUUCGUGUUGAAAAUUAGCACCGCCCAGAUGUAAUGGGGUAGAAAUAUUCAUAUUAAAAGUCCUUCACUUAGCAUCUAAAUGGAGAAGUCAUAUAUCAAAUGGAGAAGUCAUAUAUCAAAUGAAAGCUCUCAUUUUCAGGAAUGCGAGUGUAUAGUUGAUUGUGUUGCCCUAAUAACACAGUUAGAAAGAUUUUCAAAAGAAUCAAAAAGUGAAAUAUGAUUUCUGUAAGUCAUCAAAUACAAAUGUCUCUUAUGCUCCAGUAACUGCUGCUGUAAGCCCCAAGUAGCUAAAACCUUUAUCUGCUUUUACUUUAGGAAGUUCUCUAAAAAUAAAUGAGCCAUUUUUUUUUGCUUGUGAGCUUGCUUGGCUGAAUAGUCCAAUGUUAUAUCUUAGAUGUCCAGAACAAAAUGUACCAUCCAGAAAGAAAAGUAUGCAAAACAAUUAAUCAAAAUAUGUACUGAUGAUAAAAUCAUCAGAGGGGAGGAUCUCAGCUUUCUAAUGACGCCUAGAUUGAGCUUCUAGUCCACUCAGAGGCCGAGAUAUUCAAUGAAACAAUGAGGGUGGUGCUUGAACUGAAAAUUUGACUGAAUGUCUAUGGACGAGCACGUCUGUGAGGGCUAAAAUGUGUUAGAGCGCCACCUACAUUUCAGAUGUCUUCCAAGUGGAAUAAAAUGAGACUUUUCAAAGUGAGGUAGAAUGAACAGAACCAGAAUUACAUGUUUACAAAGUUAGUACAAAAUGUUUUUUUUUUUUAUUCUGUUUAUCAUAAGAUUAUAAACAUAUACAAUAUUCUUUAUGAAUAAUUGGAGUCUUUUACUUGGGGGGGGUUCUCUGAAAAAUGGGACCACUUUUUUGCAAUUAGUCCACAGUACAUGUGAACGGUGAGCUUUUAAAUUUAAGUGUAAAUAAAUUGUCGAUUAGCAGCCCAAAAAUGCACCAGAGUUUAGUUUGAUCAUAGUUUAUAAUUUAAUGCAAUGAAAUGCAAAAUAUUGCAUUUUAAAUCUAGUCACAGUGAUGCAUAAAAAUAUGGUUGUGUUUAGAUGAACUGUGGUAAAAAUUAAAUGCAAUUAAUAAAUGUUACAACUGUAAGAAAAUAAAUUGAUCAUGCAGCUCUCUGUUUUUAUUUUGGGUUUGCUUUAAGCCUUCGAGGUGUUUUUUUGAUAAGCAAGAUUACUGACCAGCUGUGUGACCAUAACUUCUCACAUUCUGUAAAUGGUAAAGCCUGAUAACAACUAAAUUGCACCCUGAGUGCACCACAGCACACAUGAAAACACACCAUGAACUGUUAAGACACACUGCAGACUCAUGGUGACUGUUGGGUGUGGCAACGUCUGCUAAUAAAAGACAAAUAAAUGCAACAAACACAUGCAUAUUCUGCUGACAAAACUACCGUCUCAUCACUUCUCCAAUCCCAUACAUGGUGUGUCUCCCUCUCAGACAGUCUUGUUUCUCUCUAUGACAGAUAGGCUACUCUCUUCUAUUGAUGGAGAUGAGGGUUUCUCUGGUCAUUCUGUCAGUUUUGUUGGCUUUCAUAAGGGAAGAUGAGGGACAAAAAACAAGAGUUUCUCAUUUCCCAAAUUUCCCAGAGGUGUAUGUUGGAGAUGAUCUUUCUCUGAAAUGUAAUGGCAAAGGCGAGUCAAUAAAAUGGUACAUCAAUGAUAAACUUCACUCACAUAAAGAUUCCUCAAUGCUUUUGACUGCAUUAACACCAGAAAAUAAUGGAAAGUAUAGCUGUGAGCGGAGUGGACAGAAUGAUUCAUACUUUUUAACAGUACUGGAAUUGGAGCCCUAUGCCCAGCUCUCUUUAUCUACAGGAGGCGCAGUGAUCGCUAAAGGUGAUGGGAGACAUCUGAUACUUCAGGUGGAUGAUGAUCUGCAAGGGUGGACGUGUUUUGCAUCGAGGUUUGGGGGUUCUGGCUCCAAGCUAGGCAUCAAUCCCGACAAAGGAACGAAGAGAGCUUUUGUUUUCGCAGAAUUAAAGGAGGCAUAUAGAGCGUCCUUCUGGUGCCUGAAUCGGAAAACCAGACAUCGAAGCAAUGCAGUCACGCUGAAAAUGACAGAGAAAAGGGUGAUGUUGGAGCCUUCAGCCGAACCUGUGAUGCAAGGGGAAGGUGUCGCUCUCAGGUGUGUAGUGUGGGGUGGAGCGAAAGUCGAACAGGCCAUGUUCUACAGGAAUCAAGCAAAAAUCCAGUUAAUCAAGGAUGACACAUACACCAUCACCAAUGCCACACAACACAUUAAUGGCCAGUACAGCUGUCACGCCACAUACAGGUACAGCCACAUCAGUCCACAAGCCGCACUGCAGGAAGGCGAUUCUGACCCACAGGAGUUGAAAGUUAUAGAUGGCCCUUUCACUACUUCAGUGGUCCUGACAUCCCAUAAUAAUCUGCAGUGUUUGUGCCAUCAGUGUUAUUCCAGCUGCACAUCAUACCGCUGGUAUCACACACCAUCUGAUAACUCAAAUAUACACACAAAACUAUCUGAAAUCGGCCAGAACCUUAAUGCAAUGGAAGACGGAUUGUACAGGUGUCGAGCCGACUGCAUCAAAGGGUUUUCACGUUACAGCAAGGCUUACAACCACCAAGUAAAACCAGCAUCAGAGGGUGGAGGCAAGACCAUCAUUGUGCUAACGGUGUUCCUGAUUAUUAUUGGGCUGUUAAUCAUGCUGGUCGUGCUGAAAUGCAGAAAACGUGGAGGAAGUGGUAUACGGGCAGUCGGAGAGGGUAAAGACAAGCAGCCUGGUGGAGAUUAUGAACAGAUAAAUCUUAAAGAACAGGCAGUUUACCACACCCUGGGUGAUGCCAUGGAUCAGGACAAGGGUGAGGGGGGCUACGAGCCCCUAAAAAAGAGUCAGGAGGAGGCAGUGUACCACACAGUGGCACAGGGUCAAGAUCAGGGUGGGUAUGAGGCUCUUAAAAAUGUCAAAGCCGAGGUGUACAACACACUGGGACCCAGUGAGGGUCAAAGUCAGGGUCAAGGUGAGGGUAAACAAAAACCAGCCAAUUACGAGGAUGUGAAAGUGGAGGAAAAUCCAUAUGAAGAUCUUAAAGGCGAGAAACAGGAGAAGACCAAAACGACUAAAGAGGCCGAGUAAAUACCAGUGUAUACUUUGUUUUUCUGCGUGCUGUGCUAUCUCACAGCAGGUCAACACUCAAUGUGCUCUUUUGACACGAUCGACAGUCUUGUUAAUCCUAGUUUUUCUAGACGGACAGCCCGCGUUUGAAGAGAUUUGCUUCACACACUCUCUGUGAAAUGUACCGGCACGCAGAAAACCGAAGUAUACUUUGGCCUUGAGACAGGAAACCUGUUGAGAGUGCGAGGAUAAAUAUUAGAGGAACUAAACAAUUGCAGCAACAUUAAAAAUCUUAAUUGACCACAUUAUAAUAAAUGUUCUUGGAUUGUGAACAAUUCAUCAGUUCAAAAUUAGUACCAUUAAAAGUAGUGUAAACAAACUAAACAAUUUAAAAAAUUUAAUAAUAACAUUUUUAUAUUUUCCAAAAUGUUAUAUAAUUGUACAAUCCAACAGUAAAUACAGUAAAAAAUAAAUAAAUAAUUUAUUUGACAUACACCACAGGGAUUUACACAGCAAAGAAAAUGUUGACAAUUAUUCAGUGCUAAUUCUGAUAAUUUAUCUUUAUUAUAAGGACUCUCCAUAGACAUAAUGAUUUUUAUACUGUAUGAACUAUAGAUUAUAUCCCCUAACCCUACCCCUAAACCUAACCCUCACUGCAUUUUUACAUUUUCAAUAAAACAUCGUUUAGUAUGUUUUUUUUAAGGGAUUUGAAUUAUGGGAACACGAGAAAUGUCCUCACAAACCACAUUUAUAGCAUAAUACCCUUGUAAUUACCAGUUUAUAACCUAAAAAAAAAAUGUCCUUGUAAACCACUUAAACCUACCCACACACUCGCACACACACUCUCACACACACUCGCACACACACACAGACAGACAGGCACACACACACACACUUACACACUCUCUCACACACACACUCACACACAGACAGACACACACACACACACACACACUUGCACACAGACAGACAGACACACAUACACACACACACACACACUCACACACUCUCACACACACUCUCUCACACACACUCGCACACACACACUUACACACUCUCACACACACACUCACACACAGACAGACACACACACACACACACAAACACACACACACUUGCACACAGACAGACAGACACACAUACACUCUCUCACACACACUCUCUCACACACUCUCUCACACACUCUCACACUCACUCACACGCACACACACACACUCGCACACACACACACACACACACACACACUCACACACUCUCUCACACACACUCACUCACACACACACACUCACACACUCUCACACACACACACUCACACACAGACAGACACACACACACACACACACACACACACACACACUUGCACACAGACAGACAGACAGACACACAUACACUCACACACACUCUCUCACACACUCACACACUCACUCACACGCACACACACACACUCGCACACACACACUCACACACACACACACACACAACCACACAGACAGACAGGCACACACACA